AUGCCUGCUGUCAUCAGGUCAUCGCCCCAGGCGCCUGAGUCUUCUGCACUCACAGCCCUCCUGGCGUCCACCUCCGCGGCCUCAGAUCCUCACUCUGCAACCGCAGUCCAAGUCCUCCACAACCUCCAGCACCAGCACCUCUGGACAUCCCUCCAGAUCCACGAACUGCCGAAACCUAGCUCACCCAUCUCCGACUUUCCAUCUUCGGCCUCCGCCGAACAGCAAGCUACCACACCCCCGUUCCUAAUUUCCGGCAUCCCCCCGCACCGAGUCUACACCCAUCCCGACGAGCAGCUGUUCAUGCUUGAGCGCGGCCUCCGCGACGAUGACAUCGAAUUGGAGCGCAUGUAUGUGGUCCCCACUGCACACGGCCAGUCAUGGAGUUUGCGCAAGAUGGCCGCCGUUUUCGAUGCGCUUCCGGAGGACGGUGAUGAGGCGCACGCUCAGUCAUUAGAUGAUGCCAAUGCCGACGAGUCUGGGAAUAAUGCUGAGAAGGUGGCCAAGCUGACUGCGUACUACGAGUACCGGAGAGUGGCCCGACUCUCGAAAGAGUGGGGCGGGAAACGACUCCUCCUCGCUAUGGUCGAUCGCGGGAUGGGUGGUGAUGGUACUGUGGUGUACUAUGUCGUUCAGGAGGGUGCUGUCAAGCCAAGGCAGAAUUAG